AUGCGGCCAAACGGCCUCGCGUGCCCGCCCUUGCAAGGAAGAAAUUUAGAUCCUCCACUUACCUCCAUUCGGUCGAGUAAUUCGAUUCCUAAUGUUGCUGUUAAGCUUCCUACCGGCUGGAAUAGGGGUGCUACAGCUUACCUAAUCCUUGUUUUAGUUGAAUCAGUUGGCACGUUUUUAUACCGCAUUGAUGCACCAGAAAGUUCCAUAUGUUUAAUCACCAGCAACAGUGUCAUUGUGGAAGCACUAAAAGUCGACAGUCUGCAGAAGCUUUGUUCAUCGCUGGAGCCUAUUCUUCGAAGAGUUGUAAGCGAAGAGGUAGAGCGUGCUUUGGCCAAGUUGGGUCCUGCUAGAAUUGAAGGAAGGUCCUCUCCCAAAAGAAUAGAAGGCCCUGAUGGGACAAAUCUUCAGCUUCAAUUUAGAAGCAGGUUGUCUCUCCCACUCUUUACUGGUGGAAAAGUAGAAGGCGAGCAGGGGGCAGCUAUACAUGUUGUGCUGCUGGAUACCAACACUGGUUGUGUUGUCACUUCGGGACCUGAAUCAUGUGCAAAGCUGGAUGUUCUUGUGCUUGAGGGUGACUUCAAUAAAGAGGAAGAUGAGGGUUGGACAGAAGAGGAGUUUGAAGGCCAUAUUGUCAAGGAGCGCGAAGGGAAAAGACCUCUCUUGACUGGUGACCUUCAGGUGACUCUUAAAGAAGGUGUUGGAACCAUAGGGGAGCUUAUCUUCACUGACAACUCCAGCUGGAUAAGAAGCAGGAAAUUCAGACUUGGGCUCAGGGUUGCCUCUGUUUUUUCUGAAGGUAUUCGUGUUAGGGAGGCGAAGACAGAAGCUUUUACUGUUAAGGAUCAUAGAGGGGAAUUGUACAAAAAACACUACCCUCCUGCUUUGAAGGAUGAUGUUUGGAGAUUAGAGAAGGUUGGCAAGGAUGGUGCAUUCCACAAGAAGUUAAAUGGAAGCGGAAUCUAUACAGUUGAAGAUUUUCUUCGGCUUCUUGUUAGGGAUCAACAGAGGUUGCGAAGUAUUCUUGGCAGUGGCAUGUCAAAUAAGAUGUGGGAAAGCCUUGUUGAGCAUGCAAAGACUUGUGUCUUAGGUGGAAAGCAUUAUAUUUAUUAUGUGAAUGAUUCAAGAAAUGUCGGUGCAAUAUUCAAUAACAUAUAUGAGUUCACUGGCUUGAUUGCUGAUGAUCAGUUCAUUUCAGCUGAAAAUCUCACGGACAACCAGAAGGUCUAUGCUGACACGUUGGUAAAGAAAGCAUAUGAGGAUUGGAUGCAUGCUGUAGAAUAUGAUGGUAAGGCACUUAUUGGCUUCAAGCAGAAAAAGAAAUCUGUCACGACCAGAAGUGAUACCGCAUCAGCUUCAACAAGUAAGCCUGCUUUGUAUGGUUUCGUCAAUGCACAAAAACAGUUACUGCCAGGAAAAGCUGGUCAAACUUCAACAGACACUCCGAGUGAAGCAGCUGGAGUAAGAAGCACAUAUAAUGGAAAUCUGGCAGCAAGAAACACUGUGAGUCCUCAGAAUAACGCUGCAAACAUUACCAUGCAAUAUGAGAGGGGUGCACUGUCACCUGAAAGCCAGUUCAGUGGGUCCUCCCUUCAGACUCAAACUUCUGGAGGCUCCAAUAUUUUGGCAUUGGAACCUGCACAGCAGCAGCAACAGGGUUUUGAAUUCUCAGCAGUUGGUCAGUCCAUGCAGCCUGCAGACCUGGACCCUUUCGAUCAAUGGUCACAGCCGCAAGAGAACCGUGCGGUUGAUGACUACUUGAUGGAGGAGAUCAGGUUGAGGAGCCAUGAGAUACUUGAGAAUGACGAAAUGCAACAGAUGCUGCGAAUUUUGAAUAUGGGUGGAGUAUCUACCAACAUGAAUGAUGAUGGCUUCACUUUUCCGCAGUACAUGCAGUCACCUUCCCCGAACUUCAACUUUGAGGUUGACCGCACUCGUCCACCUGGGAAAGCUGUUGUUGGUUGGCUUAAAAUCAAGGCAGCUAUGAGGAUCCGUACCGCAUGGGCUCAGCAAUGCACCAUGGGAAGACAUUCAGGUAUGAAGAUCGACGCCACCAAGCAGUUGCGGGACGCCCCAAAGGAGGAGGAGAAGCACCCUAAGGCAUCGAGGAAGAAGAAGGAAGCCAAGAGGAGCAAGACUGCACCUCCCAGGCGACCCCGUGCCCACGGGCCCCAAGACCCUCGUGUACCGUGCACACAGGACCUGUGCGCACAGGCCCAACUUACCCCGUGCGCACGGGCCCUUCAAGAUGAAUGGCUGUGA